UGCGAGAUCUUUCAGCGAGCUCUGCUUUCUUCAGCUUUCAGCUUUAUUCCUCGACGAACGCUGGUACGAAGCGGUUCUCGGUGCAAGUGCGGAACAAGUGUGCAACUAACGAUACGAAACGUGUUUCGUGGAUUUUUUUUGCCGGGAAAAAAAUAUUGAAACUUUUUUCUUAACGGCACCCUGACAGGCAGCGGUCUUUUUACGAAUGGACCUCCGACGUUGAAACGGGGGGUGAAAAGAGAAGAGGCUGUGGUGCCGGAAGAAAGAAAAAAAGGAAAAAGGGAAGAAAAAACAAAGGGAGGAAACUGAAAAAAUUGAGCUCUUGUGAACGAGAAAGAAGAGGACUUUUUUGAAAAAUCAAACAAAAAAGGGAUUUGAGAAGAAUUAUUUAAAGAAGAUUCGCUAAUCUAUUAAUCAAAGAUGGAACUUCAAACUAAGGCUGUUACUCUCUUCGGUCUGCUGCUCCUGGUGUUGGAAGAGAUUAAGAUGGAGGAAGCUCUUCCCUUGGACAAAUGUUGCGACCUUGGGAAAAAUUGGGCCGAAGAGGGCCUCAAAUGUGAGAGAUUUUCUGGUCCUGUUCCUGGGAUUCCCGAAGAUGAACAAGAACUUUGCCUCCAGGGUGUCAAUAUUUGUUGCAUAAGAGCUUAUCGUGAAAAAAGCUGCCAGGAGGGAAAAGAUGAUGCACGUUCUGGAAAAGGUUGCAGCCCAAGUUCAUCCUCAAAUCAGCGAAAACUUCCAAUUGGAAUGGGAGAUUAUCGAAAAGAUUGCUGCGAGGGUUGCAAACUUGGUAUCUUAACAGGAUCAAGGGGCCAAGGUUGUGCAUUGAAGUUCACAUUUGGGAAGCCCUGGGAUCCAACUUUUCUGGAGUGUUGCCAUGAAGCAUCACCGACCACCAGCACUAACAUGAGUAACGAAACCUCCUCCACCUACGGCUCGACAAAAACGACGGACACAUCUAGCUCCUCGAAUGAGAACGAAACCACCGGGAGCCUAACGACAGACUCAUCAUCAAGCCCUUCGUCUUCUUCUUCAAUGUCGUUUCCGACACUUGAGCACGACGACAUCUGCAAGCUUAUGAGAGGCAUGCUUUGUACCGACAUAUGUGUACCAACUCCUGGUUCUUAUCGCUGCGCUUGUAGCGAAGGUUACACGCUUUUAGAAGAUGGACGAACUUGCAAACAAAAUACUACAGCCGACAGAUGCAACAAAAGUAGCAACCCCUGCGAACAAAAUUGUACAGAUACAGGCCUAGCUGUAGUUUGCAGCUGCAAUCCUGGAUACGAGCUUGCAGAUGACGGUCAUUCCUGCAGCCCUACUUCAACUACAAGUGGGAAAACGGGAAAAACGGGAACAACGGGAAAAGCGACGACACCAAUUCAAGAUAAUGGAUCUUCUCCUUAUAGGUGUCCUGCUGGCUAUCGCUACAAUUCCAAAUCCCAAGCCUGUGAUGACGUCGACGAAUGCGAAGAGAAUCCUUGUUCAGGAGAGUGUCAAAACACAAUAGGAUCUUACUUGUGUGUCUUUGAUACGGAGAAUCCUCAUAUCGGAUCCAGAGCCGAGGACAAGAGUCUAAAUUGUCAGCCUGGUUAUCACUGGGAUCACUCGACGGAAGAUUGUCUUGACAUAGACGAAUGCGUCGAAAUUCCGGGCGUUUGUUCCGAAGAAGGUCAUAUUUGCAUUAAUAUGCAAGGCAGUUUUAUUUGUCACAAAUCACAAAAUCCUACAGAUUGCCCUACAGGAUUCAAAUUCCAACGAGAGACCAGCAAGUGCACAGAUAUCGACGAAUGUGCUGAAGGAUUUCAUAAUUGCAUGCCGGAAAUGGAACUAUGCAAAAACACCGAAGGCAGUUACGAUUGUGAAAUUAUAUGCCAAAAAGGUUUCGGGUUUAGUGCUAAUUUGAGUUCUUGUGUUGAUAUUGAUGAAUGCAUAGAGUCAGUGGAUUCCUGUCCAGAUCCAGAAUCACUUUGUCUAAACACGAUUGGUAGUUUCAAAUGCAUAAAUACAAGAGAAGUGCACGAAAGAUCCACAAUUUCCGAGAAUCCUCAACAAGAAAUAAAUCCUCAAAAAGAAAUUGUCUGUGAUCUUGGAUACAAACCCUCCUUAAAUGGCGAUUCUUGUUUGGAUAUCAACGAAUGUACAGAAAAUAUUCAUUCUUGUGAACCUCAAGAGAAAUGUGUAAACGAUCUUGGAAGUUACAGAUGCGAGAGUUUUUUUGAAGAUCCCACUUCAGAAGCAAGUGUUCAGAUGAAUAAAGUUGAGAAUCGAAACGAAACAGAAAAAGAAUUGAAAUUAACGAUUGAAAAGAAGAAGACUGAUGAAAUUAAAUCCAGCGCUAAUGAGACCUGUCCUGUAGGAUUUUACUACAGUGACGAAUCCAAGAAAUGUGAAGAUAUUGACGAAUGCACCAGCUGGACACCCUGUGCAAUAGGAGAAAGAUGUCGAAACCUAAUCGGAGGAUACGACUGCAGUCCAUCCUGUCCUCAAGGAUUUGUAUUUGAAAAUGAAACCUGUCGUGACAUAGACGAAUGUUCCCUAGGUCUGCAUUCUUGUGUUGAACAAACUCACCGAUGUGUCAAUAAAAACGGUUCCUACACUUGCGAAUCCAAAGAAAGAACCAAAUCCCGAAAAUUUAGGCCAAAAAAUUGUGAAAGAGGAUUCAAACAAGAUAACGAAUCGGGAGAUUGCGUCGACAUCGACGAAUGUCUGCAGGGUCCAGGGUGUCGGGAUCAUGAACGAUGUGUGAACACUAUCGGGAGUUUUGAUUGUUUUCCAUUAUGUACGACUGGCUGGUAUUUUGAUCCAAGUAUCAAAGGCUGCAGGGAUGUUGAUGAGUGUCUUCUUGGUCGACAUGAUUGCAAAGAAGGGACUCAGAUAUGCGAAAACACGAAUGGUUCCUACGUUUGCAACGCAGCACCUCUCUGUGGCCGAGGUUUCAGACGAAUUUAUAACGGAAGUUGUCUCGAUAUCGACGAGUGUCUCGAAAAUCUGCAUUCUUGUGCAGUAGAACUUCAUCGUUAUUGUGUCAAUAAGGAAGGUUCUUACGAGUGUGUAACUCGUUUGCCUGCUUGUUCGCAGGGUUACGAAUAUUCUUUAAACACUCGUCAGUGUGAAGAUAUUGAUGAGUGCAGAAUUGGCAAGUACAAAUGCGAUAGUCGACUAUCUGAGAGAUGUGUCAAUCUUCUUGGCGGAUACAGAUGCGAGAGACCUCCACCUCCACCAAGGUCUUUGCAACGAAGACCAGCUUGUCCUCAAGGCUAUCGAUAUCAUCCAAUUUGGAGAAGAUGCUCUGAUGUCGAUGAAUGCACUGAAGGAACUCAUUCUUGCGGACAUGAGGUUUGUUACAAUCAACCUGGAGGGUACAGUUGUGCAAGACAUCCUACACCAAUUACAAGAAGAACAGCACCCCCACUUCCUUCUACUGCGGCUGUAACGCGACCUUGCGCUGAUGGCAUGAGAUACGUGAGAAAUCAGGGUUGCGUUGACAUCGAUGAAUGCAAGGAAAUCGAAGAUGCUUGCAGCAGUAACGAAAACUGUGUAAACAAAAUGGGUAGUUUUGACUGCGAAUGUAAAACUGGCUUCCGUAGAGACAACUUCACACAAGCUUGUGUAGAUAUCAAUGAGUGCCAGCUUCAUAUUGAUAAUUGCCUGACGACUCAAAGAUGUGAUAACACCCUAGGAAGUUUCGCCUGUGUGAGAUUUUUGUCCUGUGGAACGGGAUACACUUUGAAUGCUGCGACUGAGAUUUGCGAGGAUGAUGAUGAAUGCGCUCUUGGAAUGCACAACUGCGUCGAUGGAUAUUUUUGUAGGAACACCCUAGGAUCUUUUAGAUGUUACAAGAUGAAGGGAAAUUUUACGACUUUGAGGACUCCUACGAGGAGGACAACUUCUAGGUAUAUUCCUAGGUAUACGACACCGAUCACUACGCCUGAGACAACUACGACUAGGAAACCAUCUACGACUAUGAGACCCACAACAACUUGCGCAAGUACUCAGCCCAGGAUACAGUGUCCUGCGGGUUACGAGGUGGGAAGAAGUGGACAGUGUAUUGACGUUGAUGAGUGUAAAUUAUCGCCGAAUCCUUGUGAGAGGCGAAAUAUGCAAAAGUGUGUUAAUACUAUGGGAUCAUACAGGUGUGAACCUAAAGUUAUGUGUAAUGCUGGAUAUAAACCAGAUCCCGCAUCUGGAAGAUAUUGCGUCGAUGUUGAUGAAUGUGCUGAAAGAAUUCACGAAUGCGACCAGGGUCAGACCUGCGAGAACAGACAGGGAGGCUACAUGUGUGUAUGUCCUCCAGGGCAUUCUGUCGGGCCCAAUAAGACCUGUGUCGAUAUAGACGAGUGCAGUCUCUACAGUGGAAAGACUUGUGGUCCUGGAGGUCACUGCGAGAACACAGUGGGUUCUUUUCGUUGCACGUGUGAGUCAGGUUUCGAAAAUUCUCCCGGGGCAGGUGGCGCCUGUCAAGACAUCAACGAGUGUGAAUCCAUGCCAGGAAUAUGUCAACAUCUGUGCUCAAACACUUGGGGAAGUUACAGAUGUGGUUGCGAGUCUGGAUACAGACUCAAUUCAGACAACAGAUCCUGUUCAGAUAUCGAUGAGUGCACUGAAUUCAAGGACAAUAAUUUGUGCAUUGGCAUGUGUGAUAACACCCCAGGAAGCUAUGGCUGCAGGUGUCCUGAAGGAUAUAGACUGGGAACGGAUGGACGCACUUGCCAAGAUAUUGAUGAGUGUGCCAUGGGACAAGUUUGUGCCAAUUCGAAUGAAAUGUGCCAAAAUACUCGAGGUGGAUUCAGAUGUAACAAGAUUGAUUGUCCCUCGGGUUACUAUUUAGAUAGUGAAAAGAAGAACCGUUGUGUGAAAGCUUCUCGAUAUUGCCUAAUAUCAGACGUGGCAUGUUUGCGUCAACCAUCUCAUUAUUCUUACAACUUCAUAACAUUCGUGAGUAAUUUGCCAAUGCCAGUAAGAACUGGCCAACUCGAGCUUUUCACGAUGAGAGGAACUCACUUGCCAGGAUCCACUUUACAAUUUAGCAUGUCCUUCAUCGAAGCUAGAGCACCUCCUGGUGUAGUGCGAGCCACAGAAUCCUGUUUUGCUAUGCGAAGAAUUGCCCCAUCGCAAGUAGUCCUAGCUUUAAUAAAACCGAUCCAAGGACCCCAAGAAAUUCAACUUGACCUCAGCAUGGAAAUCUAUCACAACACAGGCUUUGUUGGAAGCGCUGUCGCUAAGAUAUUCAUAUUCGUGACUCAAUACGAUUUUUAAAAUGGAUUUAUAAUUUGGAACAAGCAUAGUCUUAUUUUUGUACAAGUAUUGCGUCAUUUUUUAAGGGCAGGCACCAGUAAACUUAAGAAUAACGUUUCAUUGAAAUUGCAUACUUUUAAAAUUCAUUUUUUCCUUCCCGCACUGAAAAAAUGGUUAGUUGGGCCAACUAUUUAGUUUUUAUGAUAUGGUCAGUGGUUACACGGAAUUUUUUCCAAUUAUGGGCCAUCUAUAAACUACUUUAGCUAAAGAGAUAAAUUUUUAACAGAAACAGACGAAUUAAAAAAAAAAAUUUCCACCAAACAGGUGCAUUAACAACCAAAUGGAUGUACUUUCCAGUAAAAGAGAUGAAUUUUCCCAAACAUAGUUAAAGAUUUAACCAAAUAGCUUAAUAUUCAAGCCAAAAAGACGAUUUUUUGUCAAGACAGUUGAAUUUUAAAA